CUUGCUUGAUUGCGCGAGCUUUUGACGCGUCGCAACCCGAAAGGGGGGCAUCGUUGCUUGUUCUGGCUGCUCGGCAGCACAGAUGAUGUCAUGGAAACGCGUUCGUCCCCGCGGUGCCAUCAGCUCCCAUGCGGCGCUUCCCUGCUUUGAGGUUACGCUACUCGCUCCCUGAUGAUUUUCCUCGCUCUCGUCUCGUGAGGUUCCUUCUCCAUCUACAGCCUCAAUUGUGCUGAGGGACUUGCUGCCGUCCUCUCCCCCGCCCAGCUGAACGAUGGCGCAACAACAGCACGGCCCUGGCGGCCACUACUCCGGGCGCAAUCCUAUCCCGACUGUGAAGCAAUUUGUUGAGAACCUCGACCGCGACAAGAAGCAGAGGGACAAGCAGAUUGACGAGAGCUCAACGUCGCCGAGGGCGGACAAGAAGACGCCUACCGCAGCACCAAAGGUAGCUAAUCAAGAUGGUGUUGAGGACCACAAGGUGCAGAAGAGGACGAUUGAGGGCACAGAGAAGACCGUCACAGACCCCACGACCGGUCGGGAGGUUGUCAUUGCCGAUGUUGGGAAGGGUAUGGUCGACGAGGUCGAGAAUCCACACCUGAUCGUGCCUAAUGCGAAUCUGAACAAGCCUACACCCAUCAAGACAGACCCCUCGCAGUCACUUGAAGAGUACAAGGAGGCCCAAGACGUGACGGCACCACCAGAUCCCGUUGUCGAAGGAACCACGUCCGAUGUUCCGAUCCACGGCGAGAAGACCAACGUUCUUUUCCACCCUACACCGUCCGUCAGCUAUGAGCCCAUGUUCGCUGAGCUGGAGAAGCGUGCCGGCAUCCUCUGCAUUGGCAUUGCCGUCGUCACAGUGGUUGUUGGCAAGAUGUUUGGUGGCGCUCUCAAGGGCUUGGUCCCUCUGGCCAUGUGCUUGUCGUCUGGCGUCUGGCUCUGGAUGAAGGAGGUCGUGCGCAGCGGAAGGGAGGUCGAGUGGUCCAGCGAGCAGACUCGUGGACAGCUGGCCACACUUAAUCUGCUCCCCGAAUCCGUCGAAUGGAUGAACACCUUCCUAGGCAUCAUGUGGGGUCUCAUCAACCCCGACAUGUUCCAAGGCGUUGCCGAUACCCUCGAGGAUGUCAUGCAAGCUUCGGUGCCAGGCAUUAUUGAGAACGUGCGAGUGGCUGAGAUCAACCAGGGAAGCAACCCUCUGCGCAUUCUCAGCAUGCGUGCACUCCCGGACAACCAGAUGGGCGACAUGAAGCAGGCUAUUCACGAAGAGAACAAGAAGACCAAGGACCCACAAGAAGCAGCGGCAGACGAGGAGGGCGGUGAUUUCUACAAUCUGGAAGUCUCAUUCGCCUACCACGCCCAGCCAACCGGCAAGCGCGCAUCAGACAAGGCCCGCAACAUGCACAUGAACCUGGUAUUCUACCUGGGAAUUAAGGGGCUCUUCGGUGUCCCACUACCCAUCUUCGUCGAGCUCCAAUCGCUCGUCGGCACUGUGCGCCUGCGAAUGAACAUGACCCCGGAGGCGCCGUUUCUGAAGAACUUGACCUUUACUCUUAUGGGUACCCCUCAGGUCACAGCUGGAUGCACACCCAUGUCCGAGAAGGCACCCAACCUUCUCAACCUUCCAUUGAUCAGCAACUUCGUCAACUACGCUAUCAAGGCUGCGGCAAGCAUGUACGUUGCACCCAAGUCCAUGUCUCUUGACAUGAGGGCCAUCUUGCAGGGCGACUCCAUUCAGAAAGACACUGAAGCGCUUGGUGUACUGUGGAUCCGUAUCCACCGCGCCAAAGAUCUAAGCAAGCAGGACCGACGUGGAUCAAAGCACGGUGGUAGUGAUCCAUACAUAACGCUUGCUUUCUCCAAGUAUGGAAAGCCAAUGUACUGCACUCGUGUCAUCACCGAUGAUCUCAACCCGAUCUGGGAGGAAACUGCAGCUCUUCUCGUCAGCCCUGAACUGAUCAAGGCCAAUGAAAAUUUGAGCGUCGAGCUCUGGGAUUCCGACAGACAUACUGCGGACGACAUCGUGGGCAAGGUCGAACUCUCCAUGCAAAAGAUGAUUCAGCACCCCGGCAAGAUGUAUCCUCAAGUAUCGAAAUUAACUGGCAUGGAUGCCGACAGCGAGAUGCCUGGCGAGCUGCACUGGGAGGUUGGCUACUUUGGCAAGCCCAAGUUCAGACCCGAGCUUAGGACAGACGGCAAGAAUAAGAAUCUGCCAGAACAGCUUAAGCAUGACCCCAAGCUACAAGAUGAGAAGGGUGUCAUUAACUCAGAUGAAGACGACGCAGUCAUGCACACUCCCCCAGACCCACUGUGGCCAAGCGGUGUCUGCAGUGUCAUCGUUCACCAGAUCGUCAACCUUGAACUCGAGAAUGUCAAGGGCACCUCGGGCAGUAGGAACGGCCGCGAGUAUGAGCCUGCGAAGCCCUACGGCGAGGCAACUGAGGAGACUGGCGGCGACCUGCCAACAUCAUACUGCACAAUUCUGUACAACGAUCAGCUCGUGUACCGCACACGUGCUAAAGCUGUCUCAUCUCAGCCCAUCUUCAACGCCGGAACUGAGCGCUUCAUCCGCGACUGGCGCUCUGCUAUCGUUACAGUCACUGUCCGCGACUCUCGCAACCGCGAGCACGACCCAAUUCUUGGAGUUGUUCCUCUCAAGCUUUCGGAUAUUCUUGAGACUUCUUCACAAGCCACUCGAUGGUACCCUCUAGAUGGUGGUAUCGGUUUUGGUCGCAUCCGUAUUUCGCUUCUGUUCCGCGGUAUCGAGACUCGUCUGCCUCCUCAGAUGCUUGGUUGGGACGUAGGCACAUUCGAGUUCAGGUCGCACAACAUCUUGAUGACAGGUUACAACCGCGCGCCAAAACUUAAGCUGCGAACAGGAGGUAGCACUGGCAAGAUUAGCCGCGCACACGCGCAAAAGCUGCCCGAGGGUGAUGGCUACUACUUUGACCUUGAGAAGAACGAAGGUCGCGACAACGUGCGCCUGCCUGUCAAGCAUCGUUACAGGUCACCGAUCGUCUUCGAGUUCCACAUCGCGAGCAAGCGCAAGGCAGACGCUUACGCUGUCAUCUGGCUCCAGCAUUUUAUUGAUAACGAAGAUACUGACAUCAACAUCCCCAUUUGGACAACGCAGCACCCGCAACGCCUGACUCAAAAUUACAUCACUGAAGACAACUGUGCCCAAGAACCAGGUCUCGAGGAUCUGAAGGAGGUGGGUCGUCUGCAGUUCCGUGCUCGGUUCAAGGCCGGCACAGACGAGUCACACGAAGCCUUCGUCGUCGACAACGACUCGCGUGAGACCUACGAGACCUGGGAGGCAUGCCUUACCGAAGGCGUCCGCAACCGUAAGGUCGAGAAGGAGCUUCCCGAGCGCGUCCAGCAGCUCCACGAGGAAUCCCUCACUGCAGGCCGCGACAUCCUCAAGAACGCCGAUGAGGAAGAGAAGAAGAAGUGGCUCGCCAAAGACGGCAAAGACUGGUCUGGUGCCUUCGGCGAAGACCCCAAGGCAUACAUGGACACCAAGGGCCGCAAGCGCAGGGAGCCAGGCGUCGACGAGCCCCUACACGACCCAUUCCACCCGUCGUCCGACGAAGACCACGACGAUGACGACAACGACGACGACACGAGCUCGAGCUCCGACCUGGGCAUCGAGGAUGCAUCGACGACAAACGGCGGCAUCAAGCACCAGCCCACCGACCUGUCGCCCGAAGUCAGCCAGAGCCGUCCCAGCCAGAGCACAGCACGCACGUGGGAGACGACGGACACAAACGGCUCGAGCCAGUCGUCGAAAGACGUCAACAAGCAAAACAAGCGCACCGAGGAGCGUAAGCACCGCGGCUUGAUGCAGUGGAAGCCUGCGCGAAACCUGAUCUUCGCAAAGGACCAGAGCAAGAUUGGGAUGAAGAAGCUCACAAAGAAGGUCACUGGUGGGCUGGAAGGACGACAGCCUGGCGUUGAAACUGAAACUGGAAACUAAACUUCUCCCUUGCAUACCGGCCCAGCGACGGCGUUUUGGAGCAGCGGUUUGUCUGCAGAAUUGACCUUAAUUUCACGAUAACGAUUGCAUGCCCUGACGAAAAGGCAAUUUUCGGAGUCAACAUAUAGUAAUAUCUUACAAGCUACCUACA